AAGUUCGCUCUGCAGCGAAUAUGGUGCAGACCGGUGUUUCUUUUAACUGACGUGUAGGAUUUUUCCCUCCGUGUUGGAUUGUUUAAUAUCAAGCAAUACCUCAAGUUAAACGUCCGUAUUUAUUAGUGUAGACAGAAUUUUUUUAGCUACCCCUCUUUCCUUUUGUGUCCCUUUGUGUUGGAGACUCGCGCCAGGACUUCUGCUGUCUAGCUCUGAUCUACACCGUGUCUGUAACACGGAUAAAAUGGUGGGGAUGACUUUGAGAUCAGCGGCUGUCGCUUUUCCUCGCGGUUCUUGUCUCUAAUCCCUCGGCUACCUGCGCACCAUGGCUGCCAAAACAGAACGCACCUUCAUUGCCAUCAAACCCGAUGGAGUUCAGAGGGGACUCAUGGGAGAGAUCAUCAAGCGCUUUGAGCAGAAGGGCUUUAGGCUGGUGGCCAUGAAGUUCCUCCAGGCGUCUGAGGAUCUGUUGAAGCAGCACUACAUUGACCUGAAGGACAGGCCAUUCUACCCUGGGCUUGUCAAGUACAUGAGCUCUGGACCUGUUCUUGCUAUGGUGUGGGAGGGACUGAAUGUAGUGAAGACUGGCAGAGUGAUGCUGGGUGAGACUAACCCUGCUGACUCCAAACCUGGCACCAUCAGAGGAGAUCUCUGCAUUGAAGUUGGCAGGAACAUCAUCCAUGGCAGUGAUUCUGUGGACAGCGCCAAUAAAGAGAUCAGCCUGUGGUUUAAGCCUGAGGAGUUGGUGUCCUUCAAGAGCUGUGCCCAUGAAUGGAUCUAUGAGUAAAUCCGUCCUUAAACUGUAGCUGUCCCUCCUCUAACCCUCGUUUCUGGACCACUUAUCAUCGAAAUGCUGUACGCCUGGAAUUUGUAUUGACCUGUCUUCUAUGACUGUGGAGCACUUAAUAAAACUAUAAAAUCUC